UCUAGUCAUUCCACUGUCUACCACUCGUCCCAUCACUACACAGAAAUCAUAGAGACAAUGAUGGCUGGAGGAAUAGUUCGUGGGGCGGCCGCACUGGUGCUGGUGGCGCUCGUGGUUGCCCAGUUUACAAUGGCUGACCCGCAAGGCUUAGAUGACGAUGAAAGACUUAUUGAUUUACCGGACAAUGGCUGCAGUGCCCUCUGUUCCAAGAUCUACAGGCCUGUGUGUGGGUCGAAUGGCGUGACCUACAGUAACCAGUGCCGCUUGGAGUAUGCCCAGUGCCUCGGUAACCCUGUAAAGAAAGUUCAUAAUGGCCCCUGUGCUGAUAAGGACGAUGAUGUUGAUAACGGACUGCUGCUGGCACUGUUAUAUGGAAGGCAUAGACAUGUGGCAACUCUGGCAGCCGAAGGUAUAAAAGGGACCGAGGCCUCUGUGGCACCUUCAGUACCCCAUCAGCCAGGUCGUAGGUACCAUCGCUCCACCAGGACCAUGGCCAGACUAGUUCCUCUGGUGGCCGCUGUACCGCUGGUGGCGCUGCUGCUCCUCCUCCCACACUUCAAUAUGGCCGCCGAGGGUGAUGAGUGCCCCACUGCGUGUCCUGAGGACUACACGCCCGUGUGUGGCACUAAUGGUGCCACCUAUAGCAACCUGUGUAGCCUGGAGAGUGCCAAGUGCAAGGACAAGACCAUUGAUCUGGCCUACGGCGGUCAGUGUGAGAAGGACAACUCCUCAGAGGAAAAUUUCUUUAACUGACGGCAACGGAGCAGGAACAUCGAGCCCAAACGCUACGGAACACCACUAAUAGUUACCAUUCAAACAACAAGACUGUCCUGGUUAGCAGCGCAUUCAAUUAUACCUAACAAGUUUUGUACUAAAUAUUCUAAUUAU